AUGUCAUCGACCGUCCAGAGUUCCCCCACAGUCAGAAAAUGGCCGCCACGGAGAACUGCCCUAAUGGCAACAAUUGUUGCUUUUGGAAGCUCUUUUAGCUUCGGAUUUCAGCUGCUUAUCACUAAUCCGGCUCAAGGAGCAUUCAUAAAGUUCCUCAACGCCUCCAAGCAUUCCAACAACCCGGAGGACAAUGUGUUGGCUCAUCUGGAGAAUGAGUGGUCUCUGAUAGUGGCCAUCUUCUUUUUGGGAUCGGCAACUGGAGCAUUCUUGAUAAGGACAGUGGCAGAGAGGCUUCCAUUCGGUCCAGUCGGAUUCGGUCCGACCGCCGACCGACCACCGACCCGACCGACUGCCGACCGACCGAGCCGACCGAGAUUCGGUCGAAAGAAAGGAGUGAUUGUCUCAAUCGUGACACAAGUCGUAUCGUCAAUAUUGGCGAUCACGAGUUACUGGAUCGUCAACCAUAUCCUCUUCACUUUCGCGAGAUUUCUGAUGGGUGUAGGUAUCACCAUAUCAAUGGGCAUUGCCGCCAUGUUCGUAACGGAAGCAAGCCCCGCCUACUGCCGAGGUGUCUCCUCCCUAAUCAACGGUGUCCUUCUUCAAUUCUCCCUUACCGUUGGAGCCGUUCUCGCGAUGCCCAAAGUCCUCGGAAGUGAGACUCAUUGGUGGUAUCUCUACCUGUUCCAACUCUCCAUCAACACCGUGGUACUCUGUGUUCUACCAAUGGUUCAUGAGAGUCCAAGCUACUUGGCGUCUCAAGAAGUGAAGCAUCACCACACUUUCAAGUCGAAAAUCGUGGCGUCCGUCAAGUAUUACCAUGAAAUCUCAGAUGAGGACGCAGAGAGAUUCGCUGAAAAUUUGAUAGAGACACAUCAAAUCUCUCGGUCCCAAGAGUCAAUAAUAUCUGUUUGGAAGACACCAUUCAACCGUCGUGGAACACUUCUCGGAAUGAUGGUCACAUUCGCCAUGGCUAUGUCUGGAAUUACAGUAAUCAAUGCGUUCGCUUUCGAGAUUUUGAUGGAUGUCGGAAUGAAGCAGGACACUGCUGCAGUUGCAAAUGCAGCCAUUUGUUUCUUCUCGUUUGCGGGAAUUCUGGUGUCGACAAAGAUCAUCGAUCACUUUGGAAGACGGCCUCUUCUGAUAUCAACUUUUGGAUUUUUGACGGUGGUCAAUGUAGCGAUUAUCAGUUUGAUGUAUGCUUAUGAGAAAACUCAGAACCAAAUCGUCUCCUACUUCCUGAUAUCCGCCAUCUGCAUGUUCAAUUUCCUAUUCGCUAUGGGUCCGGGACCUCUUUCAAUGUUCAUCACGGGAGAGUUGGUACCACAGACAUGUCGAUCAGCUUCGUCGGUAUGGACUAAUGCAAUAAUGGCUACUGUAAGAUUCCUCACUCUAACCUUCUAUCUUCCCGUCAAAAAUGCGACAUCUGAAUUCAUGGCGUACGCAAUAUUUUUCAUUGUUCCAAUGGUUGUUGCGGUGCUUGUCUUAUUCUUUUUGUUGCCCGAAACAAAAGGAAGAAAUGUUGAGGAGAUACGAGAGGAAUAUGAGAGGAAGGCCUUGUUAAGAUAA